CACAGCGCGAACACACACCGUAUGUUGGGUUGUGCACGAAGAGACUGUACAGAUAAUAUGUCAGCCGAGAGUGCUUACGCGUUCGUGACAGUCGGAUCAACCGAAUUCGACAAGCUGAUAGACGCGGUGUUGGCAGAUGAGGUACUACUUGAACUCAAGAGAAGGGGGAUACAGCGGCUAUUGUUGCAAAUUGGUCGAGGAAGUGAGGAUUCUGUUCGAGAAUGCUGCGCAGCCAACAACACGGCGAUACCGAUAACAUACUACAGGUUCAAGUCUUCCCUGCUAGAAGAUAUUAGCAGUGCAGACUUGGUCAUUAGUCACGCUGGAUCCGGGACGAUACUAGAGUCGCUUGGGGCGAAGCGGAAAUUGGUGGUAAUUGUCAACGAGGAUUUAAUGGAUAACCACCAGAUAGAGCUGGCACAGCAGCUGAAAGCCAUGGGUCAUAUUGCCUUUGGAACGUCCAGAACUCUACCAAGCCUGCUCGAAGACGACCAAACAUGGGGCCAUCUGCUCGACUACCCCGAUAGAGACCCUUCGAUAUUUGCGAACUAUGUGAAUAAGCAGCUUGGUUUUGAAUAGCACAAAUAAUGCUUACAGCUGCUGUUAUACAUAGGCAUAAACUCGCGGGUGUGGAGAUCGCUAAGGCUUAGUUGUGUUAUUUUGUAAUGAUUCUUCAAGGCCGUCAGGUCGGGCAACCCUGACAUUCUCCCAGUUUUCUAGAUCCAUGUCACUGAGGCGCUGCAAGUGUAAAGUAGACCGGGUGGUAACCCCAAAUUAUAUAUGUGCAGUAUACAUAGACAACGUAUAGACUGCACACGGUUAGACCACCACGUGGUUGCAGUUAAAAUAAUGAGUUCACAUCCUGAAACAACCGCAAUAUCUAAGAUCUCGUACAUAUUAUAACGUACAAAGUAUACGUGCUUACCUCAUAUUCUGCUUGCAUGUCGAACUUGCGUUUGUUCUUCUCUAAGUGUGCUAGCUGCUCCUUCGUGAACUGUAAGAAGUGAUGUCAAGAAAGGGGAGAUUGAUGAUCAUCUACAGUAUCUAGCAGACAUAACCACACACAGAAUCGAAGUGUGGUGUCCUUCCUGUCUCACUCAAGGUGUUUACAGCAUACCUUGGAGACAUCGAUCUCGUGCUUUUCGUACCGGGUUGAGGUGAAUUCUGCAAGACCAUAGGCGCCUCCAACCUGUGCGAGAUAAGUAAAUUGAUAUUGAGUUUUCUUACGGCCCUCUAUGAGUGCACAGUUUUUGUACAUCCCUCUUAUGAAAUCAAUGUUCAAAUGAACAGAAAUAUAUGAUAUAAUAGUAACAAGCGCGAUCCGUACCAUCAUGAC